CCUCCUCGAAGCGCUGACCUGCAACUGACAGCCGCGACUCCCAAUAGCGGCACAGCAAGCAGCCAGAUAGCUGACAGUAAGACUGCUGAGUAUCCCGGGGCUGCAGCCGAGACACGGGAUCCUGCUCAGAGAAUGCCAGAACAACUCCAUUAAAUGCAAAUCGCAAUCUCGCAGAAAGCUUUUCACACAGAGAUUGACCAAAAGAAAUCCAGAACCAGCUCUGAAGGAAGAAUAAUAGCUGUGAGAAGGCAUAGCGAUGUCUGUUUGCAACAAUGGUGCCAGGAUUCCAUCUCCUCAAGAAGCUGCCAAUGGUUUGACCCAGCCCAGUGCCUCAGGCACCUGGCAUAAGCCAGAAGAAGAAGCAAGAACUGUGGAGCCCAACCUCGUUAAAAAGGCCCACAGGGAAAUUUUGGACCAUGAGCGGAAAAGAAGAGUAGAGCUAAAGUGCAUGGAGCUGCAGGAAAUGAUGGAAGAACAGGGGUAUUCAGAGGAGGAAAUACGCCAGAAAGUAGGUACCUUUCGGCAAAUGCUCAUGGAAAAAGAAGGCGUGCUGACAAGAGAAGAUCAACAUGGUCGUCAGAUAAUAAUUGAAAACCAUUAUGUGGUUCCUGGUGAAGAAAGUGUCACAGAGUACUCAAUGUAUGGCGAAGGUUAUACUCUGGAAUGUGAUUGCCACAGUGAUUACAGCCAGGACUGCAGUAGCCAUUUGCAUUAUAGGACACACAGAAGACUGAGCAAUUCAGGCUCACCUCCUCCAAAGAAAAGAAAGAAGAAGAAAUCUGGACAUAAAAGAAGCCGGUGCGAUAGUUCAUCACCAGUUCGGAAAGAUAAAAAGAAGAAAAGUGGCAAAAAGCACAAAAGGGACAGGUCAAAUUCAGGAACCAGAAAGAAGAGAAGACACAGAUCUAGAAGCCUUAAGAACAAAAGAAAAGAUAAAUCUAAAGACAGAAAAAGAUCACAUAGUGGAUCACCUGUUCGGAGAACCCACAGACACAGCAGUUGCAGUUCUCACAGUGCUUCCCCUUCCUCUGACUAUAGCACCUCCAAGUCACCAUGCAGACAAAGCCCCAAGCAUAGGCAGGAUGACCACAGAUCCAGCCGCAGUCUCUCCUCUUCUUGCACUGCUCACAGUCGGUCUGCCACACCUCACCAGAAUGGGCACAAGAGUGGCAGUCACAAUGGUCACCACAAUCAAGGCCAUGGCGUUAUUGUAGAGAAACAUUUGGAUCACUUGAAUUCAGUAUCUCCAUCUUCAAAGACACAUUCAAAAGUGGAGACGUCACCUAACCAUCACAAGGCUAAUAACCGUAAUGAUAUUAGGAGUCCAAGGUCUAUUUCAUCAGGUAAAGGUGGUCGAUGUUCUUCAGAUGAUAAACGACGACGCCACUCUAGGUCACCGUCAUCAGAGAGACAACGUGGACGAUCUAGAGGACGAACCAGGAUGCACAAGGAGUCUUCUGUGAACACAGAAAGCCAUACAGGCUAUAGUAGUGAUUCUGAAGGAUCUAUUGUUUCACACACACCUGGAGUAGAGAAGACCCAUGGUGCUUUAACAAAGAAGCCAACAGUCAAGCAUCAUCGUGGGAAACAAAAUAGUUGUUCUGAGUCUUCAGUGAAACGUACUCGACAAAACUUUGAGAGGAGGAAGAGUCUAGCUCGAAGCACUGGCAACAGGGGUAGUUCUUGGAGCUCUAGCUGCUCACCUUCCCGUUCGAGGUCACGAGACAAGAGAUCUGCAAGAAGCAGAUCUCGAUCUCUAUCUCCAAAGAAGAAUUUAAACAGGGAAAAAGACAAUGAGACUCGAGCACGGCAUAAUGACACAGAAGCAGCAAGACCUAGACGACGCUCUAGAAGUUACUCACCUAUUCGGAAGAGAAGAAGGGACUCUCCAAGCUUCAUGGAGCCUAGGAGAAUUACAAGUGCCCGGAAGCGUCCUAUUCCAUACUACAGACCAAGCCCAUCUUCCAGCUCCUUGAGUAGCUACUCUCACAGUCGUAGCCGAAGUAGGAGCUAUGACAGCUAUAGCAGCUACAGCCGUAGCCGGACUCGGAGCCGUUCUCCCAGCCAUAGUAGAAGCCCUAGUUACAGGAGCAGCUCGGAGAGUGCUGGAUUUUAAGCCUCUGUGCAUCAAAAAUCAACUUCUACUAAUCACAUUUGCUUCCUAAAGUAGAUUGUGUGUUAGCCCAAGAAAAAUCACAGGGUU